AUGGCGCACAUCUACGAGGUUGGGACACGGGCCUGGCAGCCUGACCCAACAGAGGGAUGGGUCGCAUCAGAGGUCAAGGAGCGGUUGGUUGAUGAAGACAAGGUUCGAUUGGUCUUUGAAUUGGACAAUGGAGAGACCAAAACCGUCGAAACCACCCAGGCCGAGCUUCAGGUGGACAACAACCCGAACCUCCCACCACUGAUGAACCCAGCCAUGCUGGAAGCCAGUGAAGACUUGACAAAUCUCUCCCAUUUGAAUGAGCCUGCGGUGCUACAGGCCAUCAAGCUCCGCUAUGCGCAAAAGGAGAUCUACACAUACAGUGGUAUUGUGUUGAUCGCCACGAAUCCUUUUGCGCGUGUCGACUCGCUCUACGUCCCUCAGAUGGUUCAGGUGUAUGCAGGGAAACAGCGCGCUUCCCAGGCUCCUCACUUGUUUGCCAUCGCCGAGGAAGCUUUUGCGGACAUGCUUCGGGACGGCAAGAACCAAACAAUUGUGGUCUCUGGUGAAUCGGGAGCUGGAAAGACGGUCAGCGCUAAAUACAUCAUGCGCUACUUUGCAACCCGCGAAUCAGCCGACCAGCCUGGCAAAUACACCACCAGCCGCGCAGAUGCCACGACCGAGACGGAAGAACAGAUCCUGGCGACGAACCCCGUCAUGGAAGCCUUUGGUAACGCCAAGACCACUCGCAACGACAACUCGUCUCGAUUCGGUAAAUACAUCGAGAUCAUGUUUGAUGACCAGGCGAAUAUUAUUGGCGCCAAGAUCCGCACAUACUUGCUGGAGCGAUCACGACUGGUAUUCCAGCCAUUGAAGGAGCGCAAUUACCACGUCUUUUACCAGCUCGUGGCUGGUGCCACCGAUGAGGAGAGACAGGACCUGGGUUUGUUGCCUGUGGAGGAGUUUGAAUAUCUCAAUCAGGGUGGUACACCCGUCAUCGAUGGAGUUGACGACAAGGCCGAAUUCGAUGCGACCCGCAAGUCCUUGACCACCAUCGGUGUCACCCAAGAUCAACAGACGGAGAUCUUCCGGAUCCUGGCGGCUCUGCUGCACUUGGGUAAUGUGAAGAUCACGGCCACCCGCACUGACUCGACCCUCUCCUCCUCCGAGCCCGCCUUGGUGCGCGCGUGUGAGAUGCUGGGCAUCGACGCCAAUGAAUUUGCCAAGUGGAUCGUCAAGAAGCAGCUGAUCACCCGAGGAGAAAAGAUUACCUCGAAUCUGACCCAGCAGCAGGCCGUGGUGGUGCGUGAUUCCGUCGCCAAGUUCAUCUACUCGAGCCUCUUCGACUGGCUGGUGGAAACCAUCAACCGGGGACUGGCCAAGGAGGAGGUGGUGGAGCGGGUCAAGACGUUCAUCGGUGUUCUGGAUAUCUACGGGUUCGAGCAUUUCGCCAAAAACUCCUUUGAGCAGUUCUGCAUUAAUUAUGCCAACGAAAAGCUGCAGCAAGAAUUCAACCAGCACGUCUUCAAGCUCGAACAGGAGGAGUACGUGCGGGAAGAGAUUGAUUGGAAGUUUAUUGAUUUCUCCGACAAUCAGCCCUGCAUCGACCUGAUCGAGGCCAAGCUGGGAAUCUUGUCUCUGCUUGACGAAGAAUCUCGACUGCCCAUGGGCUCUGAUGAGCAGUUUGUCACCAAGUUGCACCAUCACUUCGCUGCGGACAAGCAAAAGUUCUACAAGAAGCCUCGAUUUGGCAAAUCUGCGUUUACCGUCUGUCACUACGCUGUGGAUGUCACCUACGAGUCGGAUGGUUUCAUUGAGAAGAACCGGGAUACCGUCCCCGACGAGCACCUCGAGGUUCUGCGCAACUCUUCCAACAGCUUCAUCAAGGAGAUUCUGGACACCGCGGCUGCGGUGCGCGAGAAGGACUCGGCGGCCGUCACGUCCAAAUCGGUGACCGCGGCUGCGCCCGGCCGCCGCAUCGGGGUCGCUGUGAACCGCAAGCCAACGCUGGGUGGGAUCUUCAAGUCUUCCUUGAUUGAGCUGAUGAACACCAUCAACUCCACGGAUGUACACUACAUCCGCUGUAUCAAGCCCAACGAGGCCAAGGAGGCGUGGAAAUUUGAGGGUCCCAUGGUUCUGAGCCAGCUGCGAGCCUGUGGUGUCUUGGAGACCGUCCGCAUUAGUACGGCUGGGUACCCGACGCGAUGGACGUAUGAGGAGUUUGCCAUUCGAUACUACAUGCUCUGCCACUCCUCCCAAUGGACCUCCGAAAUUCGGGACAUGUGUCAUGCCAUCUUGCGCAAGGCCCUUGGUGAUGCCAAUCAUCAAAAGCAGGACAAGUACCAGUUGGGUCUGACCAAGAUCUUCUUCCGCGCUGGUAUGCUUGCGUUCCUGGAGAAUCUGCGCACAUCACGAUUGAAUGAGUGUGCGAUCAUGAUCCAGAAGAACCUGCGUUGCAAGUACUACCGCCGCCGCUACCUGGAAGCCCGCGAGUCUAUCCUCACCACGCAAGCCUUCAUUCGCGGAUUCCUCGCUCGUCAGACGGCCCAUGAAAUUCGUCGCAACAAGGCUGCCACGACCAUCCAACGAGUUUGGCGUGGAUCCAAGGAGAGGAAACACUACAACUUCAUCCGCAACAAUGUCAUCCUGGUGCAGUCGGUGAUGAAAGGGUUCCUCUGCCGACGCAAUAUCAUGGAGACGAUCAACGGCAACGCAGCCAAGGUCAUCCAGCGCGCGUUCCGCUCCUGGCGUCAGAUUCGGGAAUGGCGUCACUACCGCCACCAGGUUGUCAUCGUGCAAAAUCUGUGGAGAGGUAUUCAAGCGCGCAAGGCGUACAAGACCCUGCGUGAGGAGGCUCGCGAUCUCAAGCAGAUUUCGUACAAGCUGGAGAACAAGGUCGUGGAGCUGACCCAAAUGGUUCAAUCCAUGAAGCUGGAAAACCGGUCCCUCGCCUCGCAACUGGAGAAUUACGAGACUCAGUUGAAGUCGUGGCGUGCUCGGCAUAACGCGCUCGAGGCACGUGCCAAGGAACUCCAGGCUGAGGCCAAUCAGGCCGGUAUUACCGCGGCUCGAUUGGAAGCCGUCGAGGAAGAAUUGAGCAAGGUCAGCCAGGUGUCGGCCGACUACCAAGCGACCAUCAAGCGCAUGCAAGAGGAAGAGCGGAUCAGUCGCGAGAACCUACGCGUCGCCACGGAGGAGCUGGAGCGUCUCAAACUCGCUGGUGCGGAAGCGGAGCAGGAGAAGACCGUGCUGAGGCAACGUGUCGUGGAACUGGAAGAGGAGCUCGAGGUGGCCAAGCGCUCGGUGCCGCUGAACGGUGGUCAUGUGGACGCCCUCAAUGGCAAUACCGCUCAAGCACCCCCGAGCGGAUUGAUCAACCUUGUUUCAUCCAAGAAACCCAAACCUCAACGACGCAGCGCGGGCGCGGAGAAGAUCAGCACCACGGAUCGCUUCAGUGGAGCAUACAACCCUCGGCCAGUGUCGAUGGCUAUCACCGGACACAGCGCGGCUCGGGCCGCUGCGGCUUUCUCACCGGGACUGGAUUCGGUGGAAGCCGAACUCGAGCAGUUGUUGUCUGAAGAGGAUGAUUUGAACGACGAGGUGACGAUGGGCUUGAUUCGCAACUUGAAGAUCCCCCUACCCAGCUCCAAUCCUCCUCCUACAGAGAAAGAGGUGCUCUUCCCCGCCUACCUGAUCAACCUGGUAACCUCGGAGAUGUGGAACAAUGGCUUUGUCAAAGAGUCCGAGCGGUUCCUGGCCAAUGUCAUGCAAUCCAUUCAGCAAGAGGUCAUGCAGCACGAGGGUGAGGAUGCGAUUAACCCGGGUGCCUUUUGGCUUUCCAACGUGCACGAGAUGUUGUCCUUUGUCUUCCUGGCUGAAGACUGGUAUGAGGCACAAAAGACGGACAAUUAUGAAUAUGACCGCCUACUGGAGAUUGUCAAGCAUGAUCUGGAAAGCCUGGAAUUCAACAUCUACCACACGUGGAUGAAGGUGUUGAAGAAGAGACUCUACAAGAUGAUCGUACCCGCGAUCAUCGAGUCGCAAUCCCUCCCCGGUUUCGUCACAAGCGAGACCAAUCGCUUCCUCGGCAAGCUGUUGCCCUCGAACAACAACCCGGCGUACAGCAUGGACAACCUGCUGAGCCUUUUGAAUGCGGUGUACCGGGCCAUGAAGGCCUUUUACAUCGAAGGCUCGAUCAUCAUGCAGACCAUGACCGAGUUGUUGAAGUUGGUCGGCGUCACGGCCUUCAAUGAUCUUCUCAUGCGACGCAACUUCCUGUCAUGGAAGCGUGGCUUGCAGAUCAACUACAACAUCACUCGGAUCGAGGAGUGGUGUAAGAGCCACGACAUGCCGGAGGGGACGUUGCAAUUGGAGCACUUGAUGCAAGCCACCAAGUUGCUUCAGUUGAAGAAGGCCACCUUGAAUGACAUUGAGAUCAUUCAAGAUAUCUGCUGGAUGCUUUCACCCAAUCAAAUUCAAAAGCUCCUGAAUCAGUAUCUGGUGGCCGACUAUGAACAGCCCAUCAACGGCGAGAUCAUGAAGGCCGUGGCCUCUCGUGUCACAGAGAAGAGUGACGUCCUUCUCUUGACUCCUGUGGACAUGGAGGACAGUGGUCCCUAUGAGAUCGCUGAGCCCCGAGUGAUCACCGCUUUGGAGACGUACACUCCAUCCUGGCUCCAAACACCACGCUUGAAGCGUCUCGCCGAGAUUGUCUCUGCACAGGCCAUUGCGCAGCAAGACAAGCUCGGGAUAGAAAACGGGGUUCUGGAAGAGUAG